UGCGCAGGCGCUGUGUAGCAGAUAUUUCAUGUGCUGUACGUCGUGUCCGGUGGAGGUCACAGACAUCCGAGCAAAGUGAGGUUGCUGUCAUGGCCAAGUUAUUUGAGUCCAUUGGGAAGUUGGGGCUUGCCCUCGCCAUCGGUGGAGGUGUCGUGAACUCAGCCCUUUUCAACGUUGAUGCAGGUCACCGGGCUGUGAUCUUUGACAGGUUUCGAGGUGUUCAAGAUGUUGUUGUUGGUGAGGGAACCCACUUCCUCAUCCCCUGGGUUCAGAAACCUGUCAUCUUUGAUUGCCGCUCCCGUCCACGCAAUGUGCCUGUUAUCACAGGCAGCAAAGAUCUGCAGAACGUUAACAUCACGUUGCGUAUCCUCUUCCGGCCGGUGACAAACCAGCUGCCACGCAUCUUCACCAGUAUUGGUGAGGAUUAUGAUGAGAGGGUGCUGCCAUCUAUCACCACAGAGGUCUUAAAGGCUGUAGUGGCUAGGUUUGAUGCUAGUGAGCUCAUCACUCAGAGAGAGCUUGUGUCCAGGCAGGUCAGUGAGGACCUCACAGAAAGAGCCUCCACCUUCGGCCUAAUCUUGGAUGAUGUUUCACUGACACACUUGACCUUUGGCAAGGAAUUCACAGAGGCUGUUGAGAUGAAACAGGUGGCCCAGCAAGAGGCAGAGAGAGCCCGUUUCGUUGUAGAAAAGGCAGAGCAACAGAAGCAGGCAGCCAUCAUUUCAGCCGAGGGAGAUUCUCAGGCUGCUUUACUCAUUGCCAACUCUCUGAUGGAGGCUGGUGAUGGUCUGGUAGAGCUCCGUAAGCUGGAAGCCGCUGAAGACAUCGCCUUCCAGCUGUCACGCUCCCGCAAUGUCACUUACCUGCCCUCCGGACAGGGCACAUUGCUUCAGUUGCCCCAGUGAUAAUGUCACACCCAUGUCUACCACCUCCCCUCACUGUGUCCAGCCAUUACAUAGGCCAUGGACGUGGUGGUUGGAGGAUUCAAUAAAGGAUUCUCCCAACAUCACACACAUUCCUCCCACUAUUUCUCUAACCAAAUCAGGACUGGGCUCUGCUGAUAGCAGUAUGGUGGGAGACAAAGUGAGAGACCUAUGAUGGUUAAAUUUAUGAAGUCCUUUUAUGUAAGGAAGUGAAGGGGUUUAUUACUCUGUGAUAACCUAAAAUAUAUAUAGUACUCUGUUUUGAGAAUUGUCAGUGCGGUAAAUUCUGUCAAGAUUCAAGUUAUGUCAAAGUGAAAGCACUUAAUGAGUGGAAAGCAACAGUCACUUGUACAUCAAAGAAAACGUGUGAUUUCUUUAAACAAUAAAUGUGAAUGGUAAAUGCCAUUCUUCCGUUGUGCUUGGAAAUUUCAUCAAAUUCUGUUUCUGUUUUGAAAUCUAAA